AUGCUGCAUCCGGUCCUUGAUCUUAGCGACCUCAAUGUUAUACUCGUGGUGUCAAGCUUCUACGCCAUCGCUACUGGUUUUAUAUCCUUGAAGGUCAAGCAAAAGUGGUAUCUCGGCGAAGCCUUGCCGGCCUUUGUCACCGGUAUUGUUUUUGGGCCAUUCGGCGCGAACCUCGUAAGGGUUCCUCAUACAGGAGGAAGGCAGACCGAGAAUACGACAAACCAAAUCACCUAUUCAUUGACCCGACUUGUGAUCGGGAUACAGUUAGUGAAGGUUGGAUAUGAAUUGCCAAAAAAAUAUUUGAAACGCCGCUUCAAGGAAAUGACAAUCUGUUUACUACCCUUGAUGGCCAUAGGGUGGGUUGCAACGUCCGCGUGCAUCAAGUUAAUGAUUCCACAUAUCUCGUUUCUCGCAGCUUUGAUUAUAGGCUCCUGCGUGACUUGUACUGAUCCCAUUCUCUCCCAAGCCAUCGCCAAAGGCCCAUUUGCUGAUAAUUAUGUUCGCCGACACCUCCGGGAGUUCAUCUCGUCUGAAGCCGGCGCGAAUGACGGCUUCGGCUUCCCUUUCUUAUUGCUCGGUGUAUCACUUCUUCGGUAUGCUGAUACACCCACGAACGCUAUCGUACUAGAAGAAUUUGACCUUGCGAAAGGGGAGCCGGAUCUCCUCGGUGCAACUGACGUCGGCCGUUUUGGUGGCGGCGCAGGUACCGCUCUGAAGCAUUGGUUUGUUGAAGGGUUUUUAUACAUGAUUGUUUUAGGCACUGUCUAUGGGGCAGUUGUCGGCUUUGUUUGCCGAAAACUCCUCGACGUGUCUACGAAAAAGAAGUGGAUCGAUCCAGGGAGCUUCACCUUGCUUCCCGCAUUACUAGGUACAUUUAUUGUCGGUUCAUGCGGCUGUUUUGGCUCCGAUGAGACUCUAGCAUGUUUUAUCGCGGGUAGUAUGUUGAAUUGGGACGGUCUGUUUAGUGCAGAGCUUCAAGCGCGGCAUGAUUCGUUCAAUUCGUCCCUCGAAACUCUUCUCAACUACGCAACCCUUGGAUAUCUUGGUGCGGUAAUGCCGUGGAAAGAGUUCCAUAUGCCCGAAACCACCGGUGUAACUAUUCCACGUCUUCUAGGGUUGGGAAUGUUGGUGCUGGUAUUUCGACGCAUCCCGGCAAUCAUGGCAGGAUAUCGAUUCAUGCCGGAAAUAUGUAGUGACUGGACGGAAGCCCUAUUUAUGGGGCAUUUUGGACCAAUCGGGGUUGGUUCGAUUGCAUAUGUAGAGUAUGCUCGACGACUAUUCCCUGAAGACGAUAGCGACACAGAAAUAAAUGCCCUAACAAACGCCAUGAGACCAGCUGUAUACUGGCUAGUUUUGUUUUCGAUCAUUGUGCACGGCUUAUCUGUCCCAUUCCUUUACAUGCUCUAUAAAGCCUGGGAUGUUCCGAGGGUCUACGACCACCCUGUGCAAGUAGUUCUUUUGUCUGAAAACGAACCCUUGCCGAACAACAGCACGGCUGACCCACAGCGACACUCUGUGUUGGUAAACAACCGGUUCGCAGAGCCAAGCAGCUCUACCGAGGACUCGGACGAGGAAAAAGAGUUAAGGGAACGUCGAGAGUCCACCGAGAGGAUACGGCCGCGGAGCGCGCGCACCUCGUCCUCGAAUAGUCUAGAAAUGUCGGUGUCCCGUCAAUCAACCCGCCUAAGCCGUGAAGCGGAUACAAGGAACAUCGUAUGA